AGGUGUCGGUAGAGGCUGCGCGGCGGGAGGGAGGAGCCCGUGCUGGAGCGCCCCCCUGCGUUGGGGCUGUGAGGAGCGGGUGGCCGUAGCCUGUCCCGGCCCCUCGCCAUGAACAUAGACGUGGAGUUCCACAUCCGCCAUAACUACCCCUGGGCCCGCCUGCCUGCCAGCGUCCGACAGGGUCUUGGAAACUCUCAGAGGGAGUAUGAAAAGCAGGUUGUACUCUAUAGUAUCCGCAAUCAGCUACGAUACCGAAAUAACUUAGUUAAGCAUGUCAAGAAAGAAGAACGAAAAUACUAUGAGGAACUGUUAAAAUACAGUAGAGAUCAUCUCAUGCUCUACCCUUACCAUUUGUCUGACAUCAUGGUAAAAGGCCUGAGGAUAACACCAUUUUCGUAUUACACAGGAAUAAUGGAGGAUAUAAUGAACAGUGAAAAAAGCUACGAUUCAUUGCCUAACUUUACUGCUGCUGACUGUCUACGGCUUCUUGGUAUAGGAAGAAACCAGUACAUUGAUCUAAUGAACCAGUGUAGGUCGUCAAAAAAAUUUUUCAGAAGGAAAACUACUCGUGAUCUGCUACCAGUAAAGCCGGUGGAGAUUGCCGUAGAGGCCUGGUGGGUGGUGCAGGCUGGCUACAUCACAGAGGAUGACAUAAAGAUUUGUACUACAUCUGAGAAAUCUGUUAUUGAUAAGAUAAUUGAUUCAGGUCCUCAGCUUGCUGGAUCACUAGACUACAAUAUAGUUCACAGUUUAUAUAACAAAGGAUUUAUUUACCUUGAUGUACCAAUAUCUGAUGACAGUUGUAUAGCAGUGCCUCCACUUGAAGGUUUUGUAAUGAACAGACUGCAAGGUGAUUACUUUGAAACUCUUCUCUACAAGAUAUUUGUUUCAAUAGAUGAACACACUAAUGUGGCAGAGCUUGCAAAUGUUCUAGAGAUAGACUUAUCACUGGUGAAGAAUGCUGUGUCCAUGUAUUGUCGAUUGGGUUUUGCCCACAAAAAAGGCCAAGUAAUGAAUCUGGAAAAUCUUCAUUCAUCAUGGAGGAACAUUCCUUCUAUAAAUCGACUGAAGAGUACUUUGGAUCCGCAAAAGAUGCUGCUUUCAUGGGACAGUGGGGAAAACAGGACUCCUGUACAGGAAGCUUGUUCAUCAGCUACAGAUACUGACACCAACAGUCAAGAUGAUCCAGCUGACACAGCCAGCGUGAGCAGCUUGAGUCUGUCUAGUGGACACACAAAGCGUAUUGCCUUCCUGUUUGAUUCAACUCUCACUGCCUUUCUAAUGAUGGGGAAUCUUUCACCAAACUUGAAAAGUCAUGCGGUAACUAUGUUUGAAGUUGGAAAAUUAUCAGAUGAGUCUCUGGACAGUUUUCUUGUGGAACUUGAAAAGGUUCAAAGCACAGGUGAAGGGGAGGCACAGAGAUACUUUGAUCAUGCACUUACUUUGAGAAACACAAUACUGUUUUUGCGGCAUAACAAGGACCUAGUGGCACAAGCUGCACAACCUGAACAUCCAAAUAAUGGUUUUCCUUUGGAUCUCUUACGAUGUGAGAGUUUGCUGGGCUUGGAUCCUGCAACCUGCAGUAGAGUUCUAAACAAAAACUAUACGCUACUUGUCUCCAUGGCGCCACUCACCAAUGAAAUUCGACCCAUCAGCAGCUGUACCCCCCAGCAUAUUGGACCAGCUAUACCAGAAGUUAGUUCAGUUUGGUUCAAAUUGUAUAUUUACCAUAUUACUGGUCAAGGACCACCAUCCCUAUUGCUAUCUAAAGGGACAAGGCUUAGAAAACUUCCAGAUAUUUUUCAGGGUUAUGAUCGCUUACUAAUAACAUCUUGGGGUCAUGACCCAGGAGUAGUCUUAACUUCGAACAUAUUGACAAUGUUGAAUGAUGCUUUAACACAUUCUGCCGUUCUAAUUCAGGGACAUGGCAUGCACGGAAUGGGGGAAACUAUGCAUAUUCCUUUCCCAUUUGAGGAAGCAGAACAGCAAGGAGACUUCUCUCGUGUGAAUAUGGGCGUUCAUAAAGCAUUGAGAAUAUUAAGUGAUAAAGUGGAUUUGCAGCAUUUUUGUGGAUAUGUUACCAUGUUGAAUCCUUCCAGUCGACACACAAACAGAAAGCUCAGUGAUGCUUCUGAUGGAAAAGGUGAGCUUGAAUUGGCAUCAGGAUCUGAUGUAAAUGGGAGCACAGAAUCAUUUGAAAUUGUUAUUGAAGACACAUCUGUGGAUUCUGCAGCUAAGCAAAGCCCUGAAGUACCCACAACAGAACUGGAAUGGGUUCCCCUGGAAUUAUGCUUUGGAAUUCCACUCUUUAGCUCUGAAUUAAACCGUAAAGUCUGCAGAAAAAUUGCUACCCAUGGACUAUGUAGAAAAGAAAGCCUUCAAAAACUCUUGCAUUCCAGUAGAAAGCUGUCCCUACAGGUUCUUAACUUUGUUUAUUCAUUCCAGGAAGGUAUUUCAACACUGGAUCUGCUCUCUGACACCAGUUCAAGUUUGUUUUCACAACCUACUUCUGCAGACAUAGGUGUUCCACUUCCUGCCAAGAAUCUAAUGUUCAAAGAAGGCAUGUUAUCCGAAUGGAAUGGACAAUCCCCGUCCCCAGUUCUUAUUGCAAACGUACUUAAAGAACAAAUCAAAUAG